UGUUGUAUUCAUCGUAUCACAAGCUUCCAUAUUAGCUACCCAAGAACAAGAAGUAUGGAAGGCCGGGGUUUAAGAGCAGGGUUCACAGCCGAUGCUCCUCCCCUGCUUCACAUGUCUGAACCAUUGCGGCGGAAGGCCUUCAACCGCCUCUUCGCGGUGGUUUACUUCUCUGCCAUUCUGGCUCUACUCUACCGCCAUGUCCAAAACCUAUUCCUCCACCCCACCACCAGCUUCCUCUCUUUCUCCAUCACCCUUUUUUUGUUUAUCUCUGAUCUCGUUCUUGCCUUCAUGUGGGCUUCGGCACAAGCUUUCCGGAUGUCGCCUAUCCGUCGUAAAGAGUUCCCUCAAAACCUAAAACAAAUCAUCAAAGACGAAGAUUUUGUAGGAUUAGACGUGUUCAUAUGCACGGCUGAUCCUUACAAGGAGCCUCCGAUGAAUGUAGUGAACACGGCAUUGUCAUUGAUGGCUUAUGAUUAUCCGACAGAAAAGAUUUCGAUCUAUGUUUCGGAUGAUGGAGGGUCGGUUUUGACUCUGUUUGCUUUCAUGGAGGCUGCUAAGUUUGCAAGGUAUUGGUUACCGUUUUGCAGGCAACACAACAUAAUGGAAAGGAGCCCUCAUGUUUAUUUUGAAUCUAAUUCCCAUCAUCCUUCUAUCCCUCAGUUUGAGAAGAUCAAGAUGAUGUAUGAGGAUAUGAAAAUGAAGGUAGAACAUGUGAUAGAUAAAGGUGAAGUUAUUGAGGAAUACAUAAGUGAUGAUCAACAACAUCAAGCUUUUAAUAAAUGGACCAAAAGUUUUUGUCGUAUGGAUCACCCCACUGUCAUUCAGGUUAUCUUAGAUAAGAGCAAAGACACAGAUAUUUCAGGCCAAUUAAUGCCAAAUCUCAUUUAUGUCUCUCGAGAGAAAAGUAAGACUUCACCCCACCACUUCAAAGCUGGCGCUCUUAAUGUUUUGUUACGUGUAUCGGCUGUUAUGACGAAUGCGCCAAUAAUCUUAACUCAAGAUUGCGACAUGUAUUCAAAUGAUCCCCAAACACCUCUUCGUAUACUGUGUUAUUUCUCAGACCCUGCAUUAAAAUCAAACUUAGCAUUCAUUCAAUUCCCCCAACGAUUUCAUGGCCUUAACAGAGAUGACAUUUAUGCUUCCGAGUAUAAACGUCUCUUCAAAAUCAAUUCUAUGGGUUUUGAUGGGCUAAAGGGCCCAAAUUAUGUUGGAUCUGGUUGCUUUUUUCGAAGACGAGCUUUAUUAGGAGGCCCAUCAACUCCAGUGCCACCUGAGAUCCCAGAACUCGGUCCGGACCAUGUGGUAAGAAAGCCCAUUAUAUCUCAAGAAAUUUUGUCACUAGCACACCGUGUUGCAGGUUGCAACUAUGAGAACCAAACUGGAUGGGGCUCUCAGAGUGGCUUUAGAUAUGGAUCAUUGGUUGAGGACUUUUACACAGGGUAUAGGCUUCAGUGUGAAGGAUGGAAGAGCUUAUUUUGCAACCCUGAGAGGGCUGCAUUUUUAGGGGAUGUCCCAAUCACCCUUUUUGAUGUACUUAGUCAAUGCAAAAGAUGGUGCAUUGGCUUGUUUGAAGUAGCUUUCUCCAAAUAUAACACUCUCAUCUUUGGUUCUCAAUCUAUGGGUGUUUUAAUGAGCCUAGCUUAUUCUCACUAUGCAUUAUGGCCCAUUUGGUGCAUUCCAGUCACCUUUUAUUCUUUCCUCCCUCAGCUAGCACUCCUCAAUCAAGUCGGUAUCUUCCCAAAGAUAACGGAACCAUGGUUUUUCCUGUACGUUUUUCUUUUCCUUGGCGCAUACGGGCAAGAUUUCUUAGAUUUUGUCCUUGAUGGAGGCACUGUCCGAAAGUGGUGGAAUGCGCAAAGGAUGUGGAUGAUAAGAGGACUGUCAUGUUACUUAUUUAGUUCAAUUGAGUACUUGUUGAAGUCAGUAGGGAUUUCCACACAUGGUUUUAGCCUAACAAGCAAGGUGGUUGAUGAUGAACAAAGCAAGAGAUAUGGCCAAGGCAUUUUUGAGUUUGGGGUCCCAUCCCCAUUGUUUGUACCAUUAACAGUGGCAGCAAUAAUCAACUUGUUCUCGUUCCUAUUAGUAUUGACACAAUCUUUUAGUGGAAAAAAUACGGAAGGCCUCUGUUUGCAGAUGAUUUUAACUGGUUCCAUCGUCUUGAAUUGCCUACCAGUUUAUGGAGCCAUUGGCUUAAGGAAUGAUGCAGGGAAAAUGCCAACCCAAAUUACUAUUAUCUCAACAUUUGUGUCGGUGGCUCUCUGUUAUGCCUCUUCACUUUGUUUGUGAAGUAUUAAUGAGUGUUUUAAAUACUAAAAAUAAGGCCUUUUCUAGUGAAAUAUUGGAAACUAGGAUCUUUGUAUUCCUUUUUUAUUUAUUUAUGGUUUUUUUGGUAUGUUGAUAUUUGUUUUAUUGUUUAUCUCCCAAUGGUUUUUUGCUUUGUAUUCUUACUGAUGAAUACUGCCUUGCUUCUUUUAUCAUGUUCUCUUGGGGUUUGUAAGAUUAGAAAAUUUGAAGCCAUUGGGCUCGUUUUAGCUGAGGUUCAAUGAGAAGAGAAAGAAAUGGCCAAGGAGUGGCGCCCAAGCUGUUCCGUUUGGUUGGUCUUGGGCCUAUUGCGCAA